CGGACUGAGAGGAACAUCGAUCAGCUUCCCCAAGUUCUCGUCAACAAGAUCACCAUCCCUAGAGUAGAUACCUGCAAGAAGCCUGUCCACUGAAUCUGUGAAUUUACACCUGAGACUUUGAUCUGUUUUCACAGUGUCACUUUUGGGUCACGGAAGGAUGCCGGCUGUGGUCCGUGCACUCACAGAAACUAUAAACCAUCUUUGAGGAAGGACUCAGUCUACCUGAAGAGUGUGUUGAAGGGAAAAGUAAAACAAAGUCGUGGAACUGCAAGAAGAGGAUGAAAUGGAUGAAGAAAAAGAGAAGAAAACCAUGUCUCAGCCUCAAAGCAAAAUGAAGGACCGGCUGGCCGAACUUCUGGAGGUAACCAAGAACUAUGACCAGCAGUUCCCAGACGGGGACGACGAAUUUGACCCGCCCCAUGAGGACAUCGUGUUCGAGACGGACCACAUCCUGCAGUCCUUGUACGGAAACAUCCAGGACCUUCAGGAUGAAAACCAGCAGCUGAUGAACGACGUGAAGCGGCUGGGGAAGCAGAACGCCCGCUUCCUCACGUCCAUGCGGCGCCUCAGCAGCAUCAAGCGGGACACCAACACGAUCGCCAAGGACAUCAAGGCGCGGGGCGAGAACAUCCACCGCAAGCUGUGCGCGAUGAAGGCACUGAGCGAGGAGGCCGAGGCCCAGCACGGCGCGCACUCGGCGGUGGCGCGCAUCGCGCGCGCGCAGUACAGCGCCCUCAUGCGCACCUUCCAGCGCGCCAUGUACGAGUACAACCAGGCCGAGAUGAAGCAGCGCGACAACUGCAAGAUCCGCAUCCAGCGCCAGCUGGAGAUCAUGGGCAAGGACGUCUCCGGCGACCAGAUCGAGGACAUGUUCGAGCAGGGCAAGUGGGACGUGUUCUCCGAGAACUUGCUGGCCGACGUGAAGGGCGCGCGGGCGGCCCUCAACGAGAUCGAGAGCCGCCACCGCGAGCUGCUGCGGCUGGAGAGCCGCAUCCGCGACGUGCACGAGCUCUUCUUGCAGAUGGCGGUGCUGGUGGAAGAGCAGGCCGACACGCUGAACGUCAUCGAGCUCAACGUGCAGAAGACCGUCGACUACACGGGCCAAGCCAAGGUGCAGGUGCGCAAGGCCGUGCAGCACGCGAAGAAAAAGCCCUGCCGGACCGUCUGCUGCUUCUGCUGCCCCUGCCUCAACUAGCAGGUCGGCCCCGGCCACCACACCACACCGCCGACCGAAAUGGCUGGGAAGCACACUGCGGGAGAUUUGGGGGCCCUCUGCACCGGAGUGAGUUGCCCCAAUCCUUCUGGACCUCUGUCCUCAGAGGAAGAAAAAAUCUUGAGGUGCGAGAAUUCCAGCCCAGCUUGUGUUUGGGAGGAUGGCUGAUGCCAUCCAGUGUUUCUUCAGUAAAGCAGAUCCCUACUGAAGUUGGGUGAGGUCAUUAUAUGGCACAUGGCACGCUUUUCCUCUUAACGGAAGCCAAAUAAGGAACUGACGUUGCAGCUUACCGUGUAGGCUAAAUGUCCAAGGCACGAACGCUUCCUAAUGAAACUCCAUGAGGAAGUCGGUUCUGCAUCGGCUGGUGAUGCGGCUGGUGAUGGCAUGAACUCAUUGUCGAAACUUAAAAUUCAUUUACCUUAUCCUGAAAGUCCCUUGGUUCUGUCCAGUUUCACAGGACAUCGAUCUUGGGGAAAACCGUACAUCUUUCAUUUCUGAUUCUUCGUCUGGUUUAUCCUGUGUGGUUCCUGCCUAGAUGUAUAUCUUCUUUCUGUCCACCUUCCCUACUUAUUAAAAUCAUAUUUAACACUCAUUAUUUCCUUAUGUUUUUCACUUUUAAUAUCUCCUGUCAGGAUAUAUUUUGGAUAUUUUUAAGCACUGAGUUUUGAACAGGCACUCAAAUGGAAGUAUGUAUCACUCACAUUUUAUAUAUUUUUCAUAAAUAAUUUAAAACGUAUCUUUUUAUUUGAUAAUACAAAUACACAUAAAUAUAUAAAUGUAAAGGACUAAUAUUAAUGCAUGUACACAAUGACCAAUUAGUUUAACUUGACUUUUGUAAAUAUGGUCUAUAAGUAUCCAGAGCAGCACUUUUACUGGUCGUUGGUAUUGGUUUGCUUGCUUGAGUUUACCUGACUCCCAUCUCUGUGGUCUAGUUUGUGUCACAAUUUUCUUUUGAACCCCUCUGCGUUGGUUAUGGUGGUGGAGACAGGCAUCAAAGGCUAAAAUGCAUACAGAACUACAGAUAAUAAAACAACAUUCUUCAAACUAUUACUUUUGUUUUACUGUGGACCAUUUCUUUUGUGUACUGAAAUGGAGUAACUUAAAAUAAAAUAAUCUUUUUUUUUUCAAUUUAGUUUAAUAAACAUUACAUUAUAAUAACCCCUUUGUGUGUUUGUACCUUGACCGUUUAAAUCUUACUUUUUCAGUUAUUAUUCUUAAGAAUUCUUCUAUUGGCUGCAUUAGGCUGCAACAUCUGGCUGGAACUCUGAUUCAAAGGGGACAAAAUGAAAAAGAAUUAGCUUGUGGGUGUCUAGCUUUCUCUCCUGAGUUACUUAAAAUAGCUUAGCAAAUCGUCAUGUUUUAGAAAUUUGGUUUUGUUGGCAAACUUUGUAAUGCCCUUACCCACAUUUGCCAUAUUUUCUGUUUCUCUUCGGAGUCAACUCUUAACUGUUUUUACGUCAUUAUUUAAUACAGGAGCAAGUUUACUCAGCAACCAAAACUCUCAGGUCCUGCAGACAGUGAAAUUUUUAAAGGAAUAGAAAGAAGAGUGUGUGAACUCUUUGAAACUCACUGACUAACCUGCAGAUGCCCGUGAAAAUCUAGCCCUGCGCCUAAUUUUAAUUUCGUGGUUAAAUACGAGAAUCGUGGAAACCAAGUUCCGCUGGGUUCCUCUCAGAUGCCUCCAACUUUCUUUCUCAGCUCACCCAGGGAUAUGUUUCACCUUUAACUGAAUUUCCUUUCCCUAAGGGAAAAAAGUCUUCACGCAGCUCCAUUGCUCUUUCAUUGUAAAGACGCGAUAUUAUGAAUACAAACCGCCAGCUAGUUUUCUCAAGACAGAAUAGUUCAUGAAUUUGACUUGUUUAAACCCACAAAGCAUUUCCUUUGCCUAGAACUAGUCAUAAAAGUAAACGAGUUUGCAGGCUGUGUGUCUUUUUUAAUUCCCCAAAUUUCACAGUGGAAAAUUAGGUAAAAAAUACAGUUUCAUAUACUAAGAGAUUAGUGAACUGUUGCUUAUGACAAGGUAAGAAUUUUUCUUCCUGCUUAUUAGUAACUCUCUGAGUGUCACAUAGUAGUUAAGAGCACUGAUUCAUGACCCCAGUUGCUCAGUUUAAAUCCUGACCCUGUCGCACACUAGCUGUUAAGACUUGGGCACGUUACUUAACCUCCUUGUGCUUCAGUUUCCUCAUCUGUAAAAUGGACAUCAUAGGAGCUACUUCAUACAGUUGUUGUACAAAGUAAACUCUAUUUAUGUUAAUUAUUGUUAUGAUAUAACUUUCUGGUAGACUAGGAGAGCUGAUACUGACUUAGUAAAUUAAUAGUUUUUCACUUCUGAGGGGAAAUAACUGUAUUUUUCUGUUGAUAGUCUUUAAUAAAAUGGAAUAAAGAAACCAA